AUGAGAUAAAAUAAUUCAAGAUCACUCUCAUCAAAGUUUACAAUAAUAAAAUCCUAAGCAUAAAAGGACGAAACCUCUAUUUUAAACUUUGAUGGUUUAAAAAUAACUGACGACGAAAAAUUAGAUCAAAAAGAUACAUCAUAUCAUGAAACAGUAAAAUAAUAUAAAAAACAAACAUAAUAAUAAAUAUAUAAAAAAUAAAAUAAGUUAGUUUAUGAAUAUCUUCGAAAAACCAAAAUGGAGGGAAUAAUUCUUUUAGCUCUUCGAUAAGCUAUAAAUGGGAAUUAAAUACCGAAAAAUCCUUAUUGCGCAAUAUCCCGUUCAUUAAUACAAAGUAAUUUAAAAAACGAUUUGGUUUAGAAUUUCGAAAAUAUAGCAAAACAUUUUCGAAAAAAUGCAGUUUCAAAAUAAGGAAUAUAUGGAAUAUCAAGCGUUUAAUUUUAAAAAACAUAAAUUUUUGGCCUAAAACAUAUUUUAGAGUUAAUAGAUUUACCCAGAUUUGAGUUAUAUUUAGAAGCCAUAAAGGAAAUUUUACUAAAUUAUAAAUUCACAAAUGAAAAUUUUGAAAUUGAAAUCACUAAUAGUAUAAGUGGAGGUAUUAUGUUUAAAAGUGAACUUUUUCCAUAUGCUAGUUCUCAUCCUAAAGAUUUAGAAAUUUUUUGUGAAGUAUUUGUUACUGCUCAAAAUAAAGAUGUUGCUUUAGAUGCAUUUACAAAGUUUGUAAAAAAAUAUUAUAAAUAUCUAUAUAUAUAAAUAAAAUAGGUUAGUGAAGAUGUUAUUACUAUUUCAAAAGAAAAAACAAUGAAUAUUAUCAAAGAAUUUAUUUUUUAUAAAUCUGAUUCACAUAGUUAAAAAAAGAAUAUUAAAAAAGGUUGGAAUGUAAAAGAUAUUAUUUUAAAAUAAAAUGAAUUUAUUGCAGAUUUAAAUAUAUAUACCUCUACGAAAUAAAGUUUAUAUUGGAAAGGAUAUAUGAAAGUGAUGCGUUUCGAAGAUAACGAAGGAAUACUAGACACUGAAUUAAUAGAUGAAUUUGAAAAUAACGACGAUAGUAAUAAUAAUGAAGAAUAGAAAACAAUAACCUAAAAAUUACGAAAGAAAAUAUUUUAAUAUAUCGAAGUAUAUAAAGUCUAUAAUUUUCAUUACAUAAAUCCUUCUAAAGAAGAUUAAACAGAAUCUUUUUCUAGUUAGAAAUUAGGAAGUUUAUUAAAGGGCAUAUUUUUAAACUAAAAAAGUGCUGAGUAAUACGCCAGAUUUUUUUAUAAACCAAACGAAUAAUUUAUAUAAUCUAAAAACUUACGAUAAUUCAUCGACUUUUAAUUAAAACUAGUAUUUAAAAAAUGGUAAGACUAAAAUAUUAUGGCCUGUACAUGGGAAUUAAUGUAUAUGGUCCUAAUUAUAUAGGAAGAUGACCUAAGAAGGUCUUUAAUGGACUCAAUAAUUUAAAUUUUAAGUUCUGAUUUGUCCGCUUUACUAGCUUUAUCUAAAAGCAAUAUCAUUUUGCAAUAAUUAAUUGAUUUAUACGAAAACACAUCCUAAGCAAUUAUUAAAGGAGUCAUUAUUUCCUCAUAUAAGGUUUAUAAAUAAAAACUAAAUGGAGUAUAUGCAAAAUCCUCUAAUUCAGAUAUUUUGAGAAACCGAGAACUCCUUUAUAUUCUUUUUAAAGAAAUGGAGGAUAAACAAGGAGAAUUUGAUAUAAAUCCCAAAAGCAAUCUUGUAUUGAGAACUAUUCGUAAAAUCACUAAAUAUACAGGUCUUGGUAAUUUAUAAUAAAUAGGAAGUUUAACCAAAAAUGUACCUGAAUAUAUAAUGGUCACCCUAGAAAAAAGAAAAUUAUUAAAUAAAGAUGAUGUCGAUUAUAUUACUUAUGAUAAGUUUUUGUAAAAAAAAGCAGUUUAUAGGGUACUUAAUGUAGAAUAAGAAGUCGGGUAAAUUAAAAAAACUUAAGAAUUCAAAAAAAUGCCAAUAUAAGAUAUUGAAGAUAAACUUAUUCUUACUUAUUUUGAUAAAUAUGAUGUAUAUGAUACUCUUUAUCUUAUUUUAAGAGAAAUCUUUUUUGGAUAAUAAUUACCUAAUCCUAUUCCUAAUAUAGUUUUAAGAAUAGAGGCUAAAGCUUUGAAAUACUAAAUUUUCGAAGUUAAAUAAAAAGACAUUGCUUAAACCCUCCUUUAAAAUUUAGAAGAUGAUGAUAAAAUAGAUAGAAAAUUAUUAAAAAAUUCAACACCUGAUAUAUUUAAAUAUUAUAAUGAAGAUAUGAAAAGAUUUGGACUUAAACCUGUUUAUGGACUAAAAGAUAGCCUAAGUUAUGCAGCUAUAUAAUAAUUAUGUGAAAGGAAAUUAUAUUUAGAAAAAUAUUUGGCUUGGUAAAAUUCUUUUAAGAAAAAACCCCCCGAAAACUAUUAAAUAGCAGAUAUUUUAUCAGUUACAGGCUCUAAUUUAUUCUAACAUUAAUAAAUAACAAAAAGGGAUUAUGUAGAAUGGAAUUUCGCCUGGGAAUUUCUAAUAAAAGGAGAAAAUUAAAUUAUAGCCUAAAAUAUAUAUUACGAUCUUUUAAUAUCUUAUGUAUAUUGGCUUAAUACUAAAGAUGCGAUUGUAAUUGGUUUUUUUUUAGAAGGA